AUUUAAUGACGCGGUGAUUCUGGUUACUGCGCUACUUUCGAAGUCGUCUGUAAAGAAAUACUUCUAUUUUAGAUGUGGUUCAAUGGUACACAGCCUAAAACACACAUUGAGGAAGCUAAUCGUCAUCUCAACGCUUUAACAACUAGGAUUAAGGAACUGGAAAUACAACUCAAAACUAAGGAGGAAGAGUUAAACAAAAAGGAAGAAGACUUCAACAUAGUUAUGCAGGAAGUACAUGUAAAACGUGAAACAGAAGUAAACAAUCUUAAUGAAUUAAUAUUUAAACAAAAUGUAAAACUCCAACGUUUAGAACGUGAUUUACUCAACCGGGACUCGGAACUCAGCGUUUUACGCAAACGUUGUCGUAUGUUUGAUGAAGUACUUAGAUACAAAGCUACAUUAGCGAAAUUGACUAUUACAAUGGAGCAAGCCGAACAGUAUGCAAAUUUAACAGCUAAAAGUUACCCAGUUAGUGCUAAUAGUAACGGUGUUAAGAGCCCCCUCGAUGUUAUCAACACAGAUCCAAGUCCACUUAUGAUACGAAAUGUUGGUUCGAGCACUGAUAUAACAGAAACUGAUUGUUUAAUUGAAGAAGUUGGGAAAACACUUAUCCAGUCUGAAGGUCAACGAACAAAAUCAUUGGCCCAUAUUGUUAGUAAUGGUCAGUUGUGAUUUUCUUUUGUAUAUGUAUUCUUGUUUACCUUUCUUACACUUUUCUAUCCCUUUUCACUGUCCCUUAAUAAUUGGCUCUAAAACUGGUUAUAUUUUAACACAAUAGUAUGUUAAUUAUUCCAGUUUUGUUUUUUCGAACAUUUUCUCUUAAUCUCUGUGAUUUGUUCUCUAUAAUGUACUUUAGUUUACACAUAAAAUUUUCAGUUAAAGCACACAUGCUUUAACUAGAACUUUAUGUGAUCACUUGAGUUGACUGUGAUAUUUUUCAAGAUACUUAACUUGUAAUUUAACGGUUACUGGUAGAGUUUUAUCACUGAAAGAUUGAUGGUAAUUGGAGAUGGAGGAAAAUUCAAAGGAAUCAUCAAUUUAAACUACAACUUGAUUCAAAUCUUAACACGAUUCAGAUUUUCGUGUAAAAACAUUAGGUUGAGAUUUUAUGUGUAUGAUGAAAAAUUGUAUGUAUUACUGUUAUGGCCGCAGAUUAUUUCUUGUACACUGAUAAAUUGUAAUUUGUUGUCCACAUAUGAUUGAUAAGAUAGUUCAUUUUCUGUUAUAUAUAAGUUUUCAGUUGAACGGUAAAUAUCAUCCCGAUAAACGACAGUAAAAAGUACAAUACGUCAUGCUUUUAACAUAGGUUAAGUACUGUGACCUCAACUGAUGGUAUGCACACUAUAUUAUAACCAAAUGGGUGUAAAAGAAAAAUGUACAAGAUAAAGUUUUGUACUAAUAAAGACUUCUUAACACA